AUGAAAUUUAAUGUAGGUGAGAAUGACUGUCCAUGCUUUCCGGGGUUAUUUGAAUAUUCUCAGAUUUCGGCUGGGGGUUCCUUGGACGCAGCAAUUAAACUCAAUCAUAAGAGUGCGGACAUUUGCAUUAAUUGGGCUGGUGGCUUGCAUCAUGCUAAGAAAAUGGAAGCAAGUGGAUUUUGCUACGUGAACGAUAUAGUGCUUGCUAUAUUGGAAUUGCUGAAGUAUCAUAAUAGAGUCUUGUAUAUUGACAUCGAUGUACAUCAUGGAGAUGGUGUAGAAGAAGCAUUCUAUUGCACUCACAGAGUAAUGACUGUGUCUUUCCACAGAUACGGUGACUUUUUUCCCGGAACUGGAGAUAUCAAGGAUGUUGGAAGAGGUUCGAUAAAGAUAUAGGCCCGAUGCUGUGGUUAUUUAAUGUGGUGCAGAUUCUCUCGCCUAUGA